AUGAAACCAAAACCUUCUGAAAUGGAGUCGAUUAAUCUGUGCUUCAGUUCAAACGAAAUGAAAAGUUUUAUUUAUUCCUAUAAAUCAACGGAGAUCGGGCUGAAUCGCUCAUGCAGAAUUCGCGACAACAGCACUUUGGCGACUAUUCCGGCCAACUGUGAAACGCUGAUCGGUCGACUAACUAUAGACCACACCACGGAUCUUUCCCAUCUGUGGAAACUAUACAAUGUGACAACUAUUUACGGACAGUUGGUAAUCCGAAACACCUCAAUCACUUGUCUUGCUGCAUUGUGGAAAUUGGAGAACGUUGUCAACCUUACCGGUUCGUGGUUGGCCUGGGUGAGUAUGACCGGUGUUGGAUCUGCGAACUGUUCAUGGGUGAUAGCGCACCGUUUACCAAAGCACCUGCACUACCUCCGUCCUUUAAUUGGACAUUUUUCGUUAUUCAACUUUUUGUUAGCUCACUCAAUGGUUCAACACCAAGGAGAAGAACCAUCUCAGAUGUGA